CAUGCGUGUCAUUCUUUGUGGACGUCAUUGUGACGCAACCUGGAGAAAAUAUCCUCGUUUCUUUAGAUGUAUUUACAUUUGGUUUGUAGUACACGUGCCUUAAGCGCAUGUGUUUUCCUUUUUUAGAAAUUAAAAUUGUCACAAGACUGAUUAUUUGCAUUUCAGUUUGCUCUUUGUAUUAUUGUAAACUUUGAUUUUUUAAGAGCCACAAACAGAUGUCACAAGAACCAACGUUGUCCGUUCUCAAUGCCUUGAAAAACUGCUUUCGAGUCAUCGAGCGUCAGCAGCAUAACUGGAGCAACAAUUUGGCAGAAUGCACCUCUUUAAUAAUUUCUCUCGGUAAUCUGGGGGAACAAUUGCAGUCGUGUAAUAAGGUCGAUUUUAAAGGAACACCUCUACAAGACUUUCCUCAGCUGAAGCAGCGGCUGACCUACAAACUCAACCAAGCAUUGGGUGUAGUGCUGGGAAAGCUAGCGGACAAGCUGAGUGCCUUACAAGUUGUUCGAGAUUCUAUUAGUAACCAGGUGGUCUCUGUGUUUCAACUGUAUGAGAACAACUCAGAGAAGAUUAGUCUGAGUGCCUCUUUGAGGCGGUUGGCUGUUAUUCCAUCAUUGGCAGAUAUGUUAGAGUGGCUACAGGACAUUGACAGGUUUUACCGUAACCAAUAUCUGAAGAGGAAGCUGAUGCUGCAGAUGGUAAGCCCUGAAAAUAUGAGCUACAUAGUGGAACUCCCAAAGUUGUGGAAGGCUUUGGAAAGACAGCAAGAACACAACUUGACUCAAGAAACAUUAAUGAAGAUUGCUUUUUUCAUGGAUUCUUCUUGAACAGGAUUCAUUAGAAAAGACUGAAAAGCCCAGCUCCAAAGAUUCUGAUGCAGGAAUGUUGAAUGCAACAUUUACAAGAGACUUUCUUUUUUAACCAAGAAAAAUAUUUAUAUAUCUGUGUUAAUGUCUGAAUUGUAUUUUUACUUUCAGCUCUCUUAUCAGGCAGUAUUAGAGAGUGUGUACCAUAAAGAAUUUUAUUAUUUUUUUUAGAAUUCAACAAAAUAUAGAAAGUGUAAAACAAUCUAAGUCCGAAAUAAACAUGGCAGUGUGCUUUUCGUUUGCAGUUUUCUGGUCACAUUUUUGUUAUUCUGACAAAUCAGUUUAAAAUAUUUAAAAUCGCAUUCUGCCCUAAAGUGUUUUUGAAUUAAUAGUCUUAAUUGGUCCAGAGUCUUGAGCCUCCCUCCAGAAUGCAAAGAUACAAUGCCAAUAAAAGUGUUCAUGCCCUUGAAUCAGCAGAAAAAAGAUUUAUUAAUGUCAGAGUGGAAAUUGGUCUAAAUUAAUUGCAACUUCAAAAAACUCAAAACAAUUGAUUGUAUAAGUAUUCACCCCCUUUAGGUCAGUGUAUUGACAGAUGCUCCUUUGGUAGCCAUGACAGCCUUGUGUGGACAAGUCUGUAUGAGCUUUGCACAUCUGAACACUGCAGUAGUGUCAGGCUGCUUGUGUAUCGUGAGGGAAUAGCCCUUUUUCAAGUCCCAUCAGAAAU